AUGAGGCCAUCCCUAUCUAAAUCCCCCGCCGUUCGGGCCGCUUACGCCCAAGCACGAGAGGCUCUCUCUGAGAGCGUCCCUGAGAGGUUCGAGGUGUCGGAGGAUGCUCGAGUCGAAGGAUAUCAGGUGAGUUGGCUGCCUUCAAUAGCUGACAGGGAAGGAGGAGAUGGACAACGCAACUUCCUCCGACAGCGAGGACAGCAUUGUCGUCGAAGCGGCGGCCCGCCACCGUUUCACGCACCCUCGCAAGUUGCAGUUGGCUCGGUCGUUGGUGAGUUUUCUGCAAGGUUGCCUUCCCUGACUUCAGAGGCGGGGUCUCCCAAGCCAGAGCCGCAUCGCGGAGCUGGUGCGAACGUCGAUGUCGAUCCUGUCGCCGAGGCUAAAGGCGAUGACGAGGACGACUCUCCACAGGAUGCCUCUGGCAAAGCUGACGAGAUUGCGGCCGUUCUCGGCGACACGGACGGAGAAGAGACAAUUCUAACGGCUGGCGACAUCGACCUUCUACGGUUCGCCGAGACGGAGGCCGCCAGACCAGAGAUCUCUGAAUCGAUGGAAACCGUUUCGGCCAGAUACCGACCUGCUGUUUCUUCCGUUCUUGUCAACAACGUACUCUCAUCCGGGCCGAAAGUGAAGAAGAGAGAGCCUUUGUAUCAGUUCGUCGAAGGGGGGCUUCAGAAGCGUGGGGACUGGAGAUCGGCGUUGGGCAACGCCUCCAUGUUGCUGGUAUCCGGUUUCCCCGUAUGGUUGUAUUUGGUUCGCUACGCAAUCGACUGCAGUCGGACAUUCUUGGCGUGGCUGGAGCUGUUGCGCGUGAAAGGUUCGUUGGUGCGCCACCGCCUGAUGGGCUUUCUCCCCGGAGAUCCAGAUGCGCCCCUUGGGUGUCUCUAUCUCUGGGCAGCAGAAAGUCAGAUUGACGACGACCUGAUGCGCGAAAUUGCCGCCUCCGAGGACUGGGAGCAGUUGGAACGAGACCCGUCAUCCGUCACCCCGUACGGCGGCUACACUGCCCGACCUUUUCUCAUCCGCAAGGAGGAACACCUGCAAGACAGCGUGUCUCAGCGUGUUGAAGCGUUCAAGCAGGAGCUCGACAAGUUAGGUGACAGCGUACGUUUUGCCGAUCCUCUGGGUUUUCCUCUCCUUCCCAGGAAGGGUCUCCUGUGGCUCGAGCACCUCAUGCUCGCCAUGUUCGACUUGACGCGCUACUCGGGCUUGAAUACCAACAGUGUCGAUGCGUUGUCCUUUGAGACGAAACUUCAGCGCGAGCACGUCCGGCUCCUCCUCGUUAUGUUCAACCAGAUCUUCAAGGACAAGGCACAGCAGGGCACGGGGCUGCUGAGGUGGCCACCUACGGCAGAUCUGGCUGCAUGGUCGCUCCUCAUGGCGCCUAUCCUCUCUCUCCUCGAUCCAGAUGGAAAGUACGGCACUCUGCCCGUCCUCCCUCUGUCCCUCGUUUCGCUUAUUCAUGGAAGGACAUGGACGCGGACACGAGCUACCGUCGAUACCUCUGCCAUUCCCUCCUCGCUCGGCACCAACGCCCCUAACGCUGCACGACCGUUCUCGCUCGAGUAUGCUGUCUUUAACAAAAAGAGGCUACCUUCUCCAUGGGCCCUCAACAACCCAUUCUCACGCCUUUCCGAGCUUGCAGACGUGGUGGCGGAUGGCCGCUCAGCUGUCGCCUAUGACGCCAAAACAGGACAGCCCGUGGUCGCGCGCGAGAUCGAGAAGAAGUUGGGCGAGAUCUCGGGCGUCCGCAACUCGCGUAUCAUGGAUUUGACCGGGGCCGCACCUGGUGCAGUAGUCACCUAUGUUCACCUCGAUCCGAACAGCCCACGAAACGAAACCAUGCUCGCGGUUGCAGCCGUCACCGAGUGCCUCCGCGGAACCAAGCUGGUCAUCAGCACGACAGCCUUCACGUUUACCGGGAACGAAAGUCUGGACCGCCGCAUCUUACGCAAGAUCUGGGCCGGUGAGACUAACCCCCCAACCACCGAAAACUCAAUGAAGGUCCCGCCCCCCGCUGCAACCCCAUUGUCUGACAUCGUCGACAUCAAGAUGCCGCUUAUCCGCGACGUAAUCGCCGACGCAGCCCGUUGGCAAGAGUAUGUGUCAAACGGUUCCGGUGAGGGAGGAGUUUUCGGCGAUACGCAGGCGCUGGUCGUCGAAGAGGUGCAGGGCGCAACAAUCAAAACAUGGAUCUAA